AUGAAGGCACUUAUUGUCCAAGAUGUGGGCGUCGCCAAAGUGGUCGAUGACGCUAAUGAGCCCUCUCUUCGACCAGACUAUGUGAAAGUCAAAGUGGCCGAAGUGGCCGCUGUGGCCUUGAAUCCAACUGAUUGGAAGACACUCGAUGAGAUUGGAAGAGCAGGCUCUAUAGUUGAAAUUGGAUCAGAGGUUAAAUCUGAUGUCAAGAAGGGCGAUAGAAUUUGGGGAUUCGUCCACGGCUGCAAUUACUUGAAUCCCGAAGAUGGAGCAUUUGCGGAAUAUAUCGUUGCAAAAGAUGACAUUUUUGGGAAAGUUCCCGAUUUCAUGAGCAUGGAAGAUGCCGCCACUCUAGGUGUUGCUGUCGGUACCAACGGCCAGGGUAUAUACCAAACGCUCAAACUCCCCCUUCCGACUCAACCUGCUGAAAAACCUCUUCCACUGCUUAUUUAUGGUGGAAGUACUGCAACCGGAACAAUUGGUAUCCAAUUGGCCAAACUUUCAGGUUUACACGUUACAACUACCGCUAGCCCCAACAAUUUCGAACUCCUCAAGUCUCGUGGAGCCGACAAAAUUUUCGAUUACAACGAGCCCGAUGUUGGCGAAAAGAUCCGCGAGUACACAAACAACAAUUUGAAACACGUCUUUGACACAAUUUCCUUGCCGUCCUCUUUCGCUAUUUGCGUUGCAGCUAUCUCGACUACAUCUGGACCCAAAGCACAAUAUACAGCGCUACUCCCAGUGGAUUUCCCAAGAGAUGACGUUGAUUCUGGUUUCACGAUGGCGUAUACAUGUUGGGGAGAGACAUUUCAGAGAGGAAACUGGCAUUGUCCUGCUAAACUUGAAGAUUAUGAUUUUGCAGUCAAGUUCAUAAAAAAGGUCGACGGCUUGAUUGCUCAGAAAAAGCUGGUCCCACAUCCCGCUACUGUGGGCUUCAAUUAA